CAUGAUUGGUUGAACUGUCAGUGCCAAUCACAAACGGGAUUUAAUAUUCUGAGCGCGUUGUGUUCUUCGAGACCGGUAAAGUUUUGCAAAAAUGAUUGACACAACUGUAAUCCUCGGAAUUUCUGCUACUCUCGUUUCCUUUGUUGCGGGAUACGCUAUCGCAAAAAUACCACGUCCUGGAAAUACAAGCUCUACUACUUCGAAAAAUCAUUCUGCCGGAGAUAAUGGAACGGAUAAGGUGUUUGCCGACAUGGGUGGCGAGUAUAAGAUGGUGCUGGUAGUACGGAAUGAUUUGAAGAUGGGAAAAGGAAAAAUAGCGGCACAGUGCGGUCACGCGUCCGUUGGUGCGUUUGAAAGUGGGCUUCGUAAUACGCCAGCAGCAAUUCGAAAGUGGCAAUCGAGUGGACAGGCUAAGAUAGCACUGAAAGUUGAAACUGAGGUGGCCCUGAUGGAAAUCUUUCGUGCCGCGAAGGCAAACAAGCUUAAUUGCUGUUUAAUACGCGACGCCGGUCGUACGCAGAUUGAACCGAACACAAAAACCGUGCUUGCAAUUGGACCAGCACCGAAUGUGGCAGUGGACAGUGUGACGGGACAUUUGAAGCUAUUAUAAGGUCGUAGGUAAUGCACCACACAACGGUAUGGUCGGUCCGUUUGAACAUAAACUGAGGGGACAGUGCCAGCCUCUUAUACCGGAAAUAGUCGGCUAUUAGGCUGCGCAGUUCUGCAUACCGACAAGGGCUAAUGAGCCAAACAAGAAGAUAAGCUAACGAUAAAAACAAAUCGCUUUUAUAAAGCAAAACGAAAAA